ACUGAAUAUAGGAAAGGAAUCCCAACGUCAGUCGACUACAAGAUGCCUCAGUGGCUGGUCAUUGGCAUUUCGGGUGUCACUUGCGGCGGCAAGACGACCCUGGCCCACAGUCUGCACGAAUACUUCAAGGGCCUGAGCGGUGCACCGCUGUGGAAUUCGCCCUACACCAUUGGGGAUGUGCAGCUAAUCUCGCAGGACGACUACUUUCUGCCUGUGGAGGACAGGCGACACACGCGCAACGAGGCACUGAAAGUGAUCAACUUUGAGCUCCUCACCUCGCUGGACAUGAGCAAGAUGUUGAAUGACAUAGCCCAGAUCAUCAAGGGACGGCACCUGGCACCCGAGCCGGCCGAGCAGUUGGUCACUUAUGCAAAUUUCGAGCACUAUGCCCUGCAAUUCCAGCAGCAAUAUCGCCAGCACCACUACAAUGCCAACUACUACAAGCAGGGCGGAGCCGCAAGCGGUGCCUAUCAGUAUGUGCCUCAGCAGCAGCAGCAGCGGCAGCAUCACCAUCAACAGAUUCACCACCAGCAGCAGCAACAGCAACAGCAACAGCUUCAACAACAGCAGCAGCAUGCGGCGCACAUCAUGCGAUUGAAUGCCCAAAUCGCUGCUCAGUUGAGGGAUAAGAAAAUCAACUUUCUCCUGGUCGAGGGCUUCAUGAUAUUCAACCAGCCGGAGCUGCUGGCUCUCUGCAAUAUCAAGUACCACUUUCAUUUGCCCUAUGAAAAGUGCUUCGAGCGGCGCAGGAAGCGCACCUAUGAUCCGCCGGAUGUCACCGGCUACUUUGAGCUCUGUGUGUGGCCGCACUACGAGAAGAACUUUAGCGAGUAUCGGGACUGCAAGGACAUUACCUUUUUGAAUGGCGAAAUCUCCAGGGACAAGAUCUUCAAGUAUGUGCUGCAGCGCAUUGUCCACUACUUUGAGGAGCGCUGCGAUGUGCCAGCGGCAGCGCCGCCCGCAUGUCCGCCACAGCAGAAACGUUUCGGUAUGCUCUACGUGGGGGGAACGAGCAACAAUAACGUAUUACCCACGGCCUGCCCCAUGGAGCAGUAGUAGUAGGGCAUAAAACCUGUAGAUUGUAGCAACUGGCUUAAAGUAAUGGAUGCCGAAAGGAAUGCAAAUAUUUCGAAUUGCUUUGCAUUCAUGCAUCCACUGCAGGCCCCAGUGUACCCUACCUUAAGGGAGGGAUACAUACGAGUAUAUGUACAACGUUUUUAUUAGUUAGUUUUAUUUCGUAUUUAAGAUAGUUGUUAUGUGGGUGAGACAUGACAUGACAUGACGCGAUGACAUGGAUAGUCUCUCUCUCUACGGAUAAUUAUCCGUUGAUCAUUCAGAUUCGAUUGUGAAAUAUUGAAGGAAACCCGGUUCAGGAAUUCAUACUUUAGCUGUGCUAACUAUUAUAUAAUUGUAUUAUAUUACCAUCCCCCCCCCCACCCUUUAAAUGAAAUGAAAACCAACUGGAAAAUGCUUAAUUUGGUGUGAGGGAUUAACGAUGUAAAUGCAUGAGCCUUGUACAUAUAUAUCUUAGUGUAGAACUACCCCCCCGCAUGUUUAAAGUUAGCCCCUACGACUAUGACGACUAUGAAAAAAAAAAUGAAUUCUAAUUUUUUCUUGUGCGAAACAAAACACACACCGACACAGACACAUAAUGAAAAAAAUAAAGAAACAUUUAACCAGAAACUGAAGCACACAAAGACAAGUAAAUGAUUGAAUCGAAUCGAAUCCAUUUCGAACUAAUUAAUUUGUUUAUUCUGCUACAGAAGCCAUCUCCUGCAUUCCAAGCG